AUGGCCCGGGAGCCCCAGCAGACAGAUUUCCAGCUGGUGCGAGUCAAGAGCACGUGGAGCCGCGUCAAGAAAGGAGAAGCCCUUUGCAAUGAUGAGGACGAGAUCACUCACUCUGAGGCAAAAAUAGGCGAGUGCAUCUCCGAUGGUGGGAUUUCCUGGAUAGUUGAAGCUCCUAUCUAUUUUUGCUACAAAGUGGUAGAAACAUACAACAUCCUGGAACCCUCUAACACCACUCUGCUCUGGGGUCACAUCACUGACCCCCAGCAAAUAGAGCUGGCCACCGCCAGCAAGAGGAAACUGCGGCGCUUUAUCGUCAUCGACGAAGUCGUCGACAAACUCUACGGCUCCAAAGUCAGACAAUACUUCGAAGAGAACAACGUCCAGCACAAAAUCCUCGCCCUGCCGACCACGGAGGAAACGAAAUCCAUGGACCUGGUGUUGAACAUCCUGCACGAGGUGCAGAAGUUCAGCCUGGACCGGCGGACGGAGCCCAUAAUCGCCAUCGGCGGGGGCGUGUGCCUGGACAUCGUCGGGCUCGCCGCGUCGCUCUACCGGAGACGCACCCCCUACAUCCGGGUCCCCACCACCCUCCUCUCCUACGUGGAUGCCAGCGUGGGGGCCAAGAACGGGGUGAACUUUCUGCAGUGUAAGAACAAGCUCGGGGGCUACACCCCACCCGUGGCGAGUUUCCUGGAUAGAUCCUUCAUCCAGAGCAUCCCGCGGCGACACAUCUCCAACGGCCUCGGGGAAAUUUUAAAGAUGGCCCUCAUGAAACACAAAGGGCUGUUUGACCUGCUCAAGAGCCAUGGUAAACACCUACUGGACACCAAGUUCCAGUCCUGCAAUGGCUUUGCUGACCACAGGGAUGCUGCACUGCAGACUACCAGGAUUGCCAUUGAAACCAUGCUGGAAGAGCUGGCUCCCAACCUCUGGGAGGAUGACCUGGACAGACUGGUUGAUUUUGGCCACCUUAUUAGCCCAGAGCUGGAAAUGAGGGUUUUGCCGUCGCUGAUGCACGGGGAAGCCGUGAACAUCGACAUGGCCUUCAUGACGUACGUGGCCCACGCGCGCGGGCUCCUGGAUGCCGAGGAGAAGGAGCAGAUCCUGCAGUGCAUGAGGGGCCUGGAGCUGCCAGUGUGGCACAGCGGCUGCAGCUGGGCCCUCAUCCAGAGAGCCCUGCAGGAGCGCCUCAAGCACAGCGGGGGACAGCCACGGAUGCCCCUGCCCACCGGCCUCGGCGUGGCAGACAUAUUCAACGACACCAGUGAAGAGACCCUGGAAAGAGCAUACAAGCUGUGGGUCAAGGACUGCCAGACGGUGCUGGAGGAAGAGCUGCAAGCCCAAGGUGAUGGUCCUGCCCCAGGCCUGAGCUGUUUGCCACUGUAA